AUGGAAGCGAAGAUAGUUGAGUAUUUUAGACCUUGUAAAGACGAUUCAAUAUGGAAGGAGUCUAUUGAAGAUGGUUGUCAUAACCCAGCAUGGCCAGAGUUUGUUCCAUCAAAUGGGAGGGAGAAAACUAGGAAAAUGGAUUACAUUAGGCGGCUUGCUUUUGUGAAAGGUGACAAAGAUCCCGAGCCUUUACCUUGUAACCCAAUGCUUUAUUCAAGCCAGUCUCAUAGUAACUCUCAGAUGAAUAAGUUUCUUGAAACAAUGGCUGAUUGGUACAAAUAUGCAGACAAUCAGAAGAAGGUUGUUGGAUUCUGUGCUUAUGUCGUUAGAAGCUCUUUGGCUAAACUAUAUGCCGCAAGAUAUAGACUUAAAUCUCGUGCCAAAGUGUACAGCAUAGCCUCACGGGAUCUAAGUCAUCCAUUAAGCGAGAGUAGCAAUAGCUCUGCACCUGAAUACUCCGAUCUUCUGAGAAUGGGACUUGUCGAUGCUAUACAAGGAGUUCAGUUUUCUCGCAUGUCUUUGAUUCCGUCCUGUGACUAUACUCCGUUUCCCAGGAAUUGGAUACCAAAUCAUGAGCAAGUUUUGCAGGAGUACAUCAGGCUACAAGACCCUAAAUUCUUCUGUGAGCUGCAUAGGUCAAUAAAACGCGAGGGUCUAUCCGUGCCUCAGGAUGAGAUCUCAGAGGUUGUGUGGGAUUUUAAGACUGUUGGUGCUUGGAGAUCAAAGUAUGGAAGUAAAGGAGAGGCAAAUGAUGGGAUAGAGAAAUUAGACUCACCACCAUGA